AUGGCUGAAUCUACAUCGACCCCGUUAGUCUCAAACACCGAUACUAGCGACAAAAUCGCCCCCGUCAACGUCCAUCUCCCCCGCAUCUCAAUCCAGUUCUGCACCCAGUGCCGGUGGAUGCUCCGCGCCGCAUACUUCGCCCAAGAACUCCUCUCAACAUUCAGCACAGACCUCGGGGAAGUCGCCCUCGUCCCCAAAACCGGUGGCGUGUUCACAGUGACGAUAUGGCAUGGUACGAUGCAUGACGGGGAGAUCACGACGCAGGAGAGUAUCUUGUGGGAUCGGAAGAGGGAUGGGGGAUUUCCUGAAGUCAAAGCGCUCAAGUCACUCGUGCGGAAUGUUAUUGCUCCUGAGAGGGAUUUGGGACAUACGGAUCGGGCGUUGAAGAAGGAGCAAGGUGGGCAAAAGGAGGUGGAGAAAGAGGGGAAAGAGGAGAAGAAAGAGGAGGAGAAGAGUGAGGGUAAGGCGGGUUGUGAGGAUUGUCAGUAG